AUGGCCUCCGUCGCGCGCGCCUACCUCUCGCCCUCGGCCUGGCGCCUCGAUCCCGCGCCGUCCAGCUUGGCGCCGUCUCACCUGCGCGGCUACACCAAUGCGGACAUGGAUCCCGUCCCGCCUGCAGAGCGCAAAUGGACUACGCUUUCGUAUAUUGCGUACUGGAUAUCCGACGCGACGAACGCGGCCGUGUGGGAGCUCGCGUCGUCUAUGCUUGCGCUCGGGUUGAGCUGGCGGCAGGCCGUGCCCGCGAUAGCGGUUGGGCAUAUCAUCAUCGCCGUUAUCAUGGUGUUGAACGGAACGGUUGGCGCGCGCCUGCACAUCCCGUUCCCGGUGCUCAACCGGAGUAGCUUUGGGUUCUGGUUGAGCUACUUCUCGGUCAUCAGUCGUGUGAUCUUGAGCAUGUUCUGGUUUGGGAUCCAGACUUAUACCGGGAGCGAGUGUGUAUACCAGAUGCUCAAGGCUAUAUGGCCCUCGCUCGCACGCUUACACAACGGUCUACCUGAGAACGCGCACAUCACAACGGCGGGAAUGAUGUGCUACUUCCUCUACUGGCUCAUCCAGUUCCCGCUCAUGUUCGUCUCACCGCAACGCAUCCGCUGGCUCUUUGUCCUCAAGGCUAUCAUUGUACCUCCGACAUGGCUCGCUAUGCUCAUCUGGGCCUUCGUCAAGGUUCCGACCUCCUCCAACGCAGGUCUCAUCGCGGAUCACGCCAGCCUGCACGGUGCCUCUCUCUCGUGGGCCUGGCUCUCCGCACUCAACUCCGCGCUCGGCAUCUAUGCAACGUUAGCAGUCAACAUUCCGGACUUUACUCGCUACGCGAAAGACGAACGCGCGCAAUACGUACAACUCAUCAUCAUCCCCGUCGUCUUCACUUUCUUCAGCUUUGUCGGUAUUGCCGUAACAUCCGCCGGCCAGGUACUCUACGGCGCGACGCUUUGGGACCCUCUCACGCUCAUUGACAAGUGGGACAACCGCGCCGCGGCGUUCUUCGCCUCUUUUGCUUUCGUGCUUACCACCCUCGGCACGAACAUCUCCGCCAACAGUCUUUGCGCGGGUAAUGAUAUGACUGCGCUUGCGCCCCGGUGGAUCAACAUCCGGCGUGGCCAGAUUAUCUGCGCAAUCAUUGGCGGUUGGGCGCUCGCUCCUUGGGAGAUCCUUGCGAGCGCAACAGGCUUCUUGAGCUUUAUGAACGGCUAUACCGUCUUCCUCGGUCCUAUUGCUGGCAUCAUGGUCGCAGACUACUGGAUCAUCCACCGCGGUAAUGUCGACGUACCGGCCAUGUACGACCCGCAUGGUCGAUACAGGUAUACUGGUGGCGUUAACUGGCGCGCUCUCGUGGCUCUUAUUUGCUCAGUGCCGCCGAAUCUGCCCGGACUGAUCCACAGUAUCACUCCAAGCAUUCCAGUCGGCGGGGCGGUGUAUGUCUUCGACGUCGCCUAUCUCUUCGGAUUCUUCGUCGCUUCUGGCGUCUACAUCGUCCUUUCGCUCGCCUUCCCCGCCCAAGAAACCAUACUCGCCGCACCUAUUCUCGACCUUGACGACGCCAAAGCCUAUGCAUCCGGACACGAUGACGUCUACGCCCAACGCUAUGAGUACGAUAACGACGAGAAGAGCGCGACUGAAGAUGCUGGACGAGAUAGGAGCUCUGCGGAGAAAGAGAAGGAUCCGUAUGAUGUUAGGGUUCAGCCUGCCACCGCGUGA